AUGGGGAAGAAGCUGGACCUGUCCCAGCUCACGGACGCGGAGGCCGAGCACGUGUGGGGCGUGAUCCAGCGGGACCUGGCGCUGCGCAGGGCGGAGGAGCAGCGGCUGCGGGGCCUGAAGGGUGAGAUCCAGCGGGAGAGCGCCAAGCGCGAGGCCCCUCCGGAGGGGGAGGCACCGCACCCGCCCCAGUGCCCCCACUGCCUGCAGCCCCGCCAGCCGCAGGACGCCCCCGGGAGCCAGUGCCGGGACUGCGGGCUCUCCUGCUGCCCCCGCUGCGGCCCUGCGCCCCCGGACGAGGGGGGCUGGCUCUGCCACCCCUGCCACCUGGCCAGGGUGGUGCAGAUCGGCUCGCUGGACUGGUACUACGGGCACCUGAGGGCCCGCUUCAAGCGCUUCGGGAGUGCCAAGGUGAUCCGCUCCCUCAGCGGGCGGCUGCAGGGCACAGGAGCGGCGCUGGGCACGGGGGAGGGGAGCGGAGACAGCGAGCAGACGGACGAGGAGGUCGAGCCCCAGCCACGGGGCGGCAAGACAAAGCGCCGCCUCUCCAUCCACGGCUUGGACCUCCUGGACUCCCAGGAUGUGACCCUCAACCACUCCGAGAGUCUGGAGGGGACCCUGGUCGCAGAGGAAGCGGAUGCCAGCGACUGUGGGCGCCAGCCUGGCCCCAGAGAGCAGACGACCGGCCCCCCGCCAGGCCCCCGGGACGCCCUCGCGGGGCAGCGCCUGCCUGCAGAGCUCAAACCCAAGCCCGGGCCAGACGACCCCUGGCAGCUGCAGGCGCCCCCCGAGGGCUGGGCUUCCCUGGCCUCCAUCUGCGGGGACGCCCCCCUCGGCCCCCCUCGGAGCAGCCCGCCCUCACCCGAGGGCCAGGGCCCCCCGCCCACGGACGCUGACAGGGAGGAGGCUGCCCUGAGGACAAAGCUGGCACAGCUGGUCACGCACCUCAGCGAGGAUGAGGAGGACGGCGGCCCCCGGGGGGUUGGCAGAGCAGAGCCACAGCCCCAGAGCCCAGGGGGCCCAGCCGAGGGCUGCAGGAACGCGGACCAGGAGUUGGCCGAGCUGGAGGACAGGGUGGCCGCGGCGGCCUGCGGGGUCCAGCAGGCGGAGAGUGAGGUGACGGACAUCCAGUCCCGGAUCGCAGCCCUGCAGUCUGCCGGCCUCACCGUGCAGCCAUCCACCACCCGCCAGAGGACGUCCCACCUCCCGGUCCUUCUGCCGCGGAGGAUCAGGAGGCCUGACCAGAGACCGGGGAACGUGCCCGCAGACGCCCCUGAGCAGGACCUGGUGGUGGCUGCAGCCCGGCCCCAGGGGGCAACGCUCAGGGGCUCCCCAGGAGCACUAGCUGCCUCUCCACGCUCCGUGCCCCCCGUCCCGGGGGCUGCUGUGCCCCUCAGCGGGGGCUGGGCCCACUGUGUCCCCACAGGCAGCACCUUCGAGCGGGACUCCCUGUACCGCAGCUCCCUGACGCAGAGGAACCCCACCGGGAGGUCGGCCGCCGCCCGCCUCGGCUUUGCGGGUCUCGUCCACGACCUCACCUCGCCCUCCUCCCUCUUCCUGCUGGCUUUCCUGCCAGAUCUCAGCCCCGAGCCAAGGCCACCCCCAGCCAACGGCGACUUCCUGCCGAGCCCCCGAGCCCCCAACGAGGCUGGGCCCCUGAGCCCAAUGUUUGUCUGA